AUGUCCUCGCCGGCGGCGGUCGUGAGCAGCUGCCUUGUCCGUGUGAUCCAUCCGCAGAGCCGGUUCAGGCCCUAUAGGGCGGAACAAGUCGAGGAAAGGUCGCGGCUCCUCUCCAAGAUGGACGCUUCUACAGGGAGGCGUACGAUUAUUAGUGAUGGUCAGGGUGACAUGCAAAACGAUAUUGAUUUUCAAACAGAUAGAUGCAGUACUGGUGGUUCGGAGCAGGGUAUCACGGUAUUUAUUUUUGCAGCUUGCUUGCUUGCCUGCCUGCUGGCUUAUGCAGACUGCAUGCCAAAAAUCUAUAUGGGGUGUUUCUCAAAUAUUCCUCACACCUAUGUCUCUGCUAACUGCUUUGCAGCUUACUUUGGUGCUAACCUAUCUCAAAUUGGUACUCUUCUCCCACCCAAAGAGAAAGUUCACGUAUAUGGGGAUGGCAAUGCCAAAGGGAUUUUCGUGGACGAAGAUGAUGUUGGAACAUACGUAAUCAAGUCUAUUGAUGAUCCUCGGUCAUUGAACAAGACAAUUUAUAUAUACAAACCGCCGGAAAACAUAUUUAGUCAGAAUGAGCUGAUUGCUAAAUGGGAAAAGCUAUCAGGAAAAGUUCUUGAGAAGAUUCCUAUUCCGUCUGAUGAAUUCUUGGCCUCAAUGGAAGGUGCGGACCAUACUUAUCAGAUAGUAGUCGGACAUGUCUACCACAUUUUCUACGAGGGCUGCUUGACAAACUUUGAAAUUGCGGACGAUGAAGAAGCUUCUCUACUCUACCCAGAGGUUCAGUACACCCUGAUGGACAAGUACAUGGAACGCUAUUUCUAAUAAAAUAAUAUAUGAACCUCAACAUCUUUAUCAGCACAAGACA